CGAACCGCCAGUCCAAUGGACAUUCACAAUCACAAACUUCAACGCGAUUGCGUCACUCCUGCCGACUUUGUGGACCAGGUGGCAUCUGCCAUUUCGAUCCCCAAGGUCAAUACUUCGAGCGAUGGUCAGCAACACGAAGAACAACAAGAUCCAGCCCGCGGAGAAAGCUCGCCCCGCGGUUUCUCUGCGCUGCAUGCGAUCCAGAUAGCCGGUGUAAAGUCUCUGAUGCUCGCUCUCCACUGUCUUUUCCCUAAUGAACUCCUGCUCGCUUUGGAUAUCCUUGACCGAGGUUUGGUAAGACGCUUAGUAUCGACUCACGACGCGACGAAUAGCCCCGCCACGUACGCCGUGGAUCUCACUACCCAGGCCUGGUCGGCAGGAUUGACAGAGGAUGUAUUCCUGGUGAAUUCAGCCUCCGGGGUUUCCACGCAAUCCGCAUCGCGAUAUCACCCCUAUAAUACAGAUAGUGAGAUCAAAGCGUACGAAGUCCGCCUGCAAGCCUGGAGCUGUACAUGUCCUACGUUCACCUUGGCUGCAUUUCGUGGGUCAUUGUCACCCGCACCUGAAUUGACCUCCUUAUCUACAAUCGCUACUGCUUCUGCUAUCGAGUUAUCGCCACGCCUGGAGCAUGCAAUCUCCCAUGGUUCUUACCCAUUCGGAGGAACGCUGGCACGCGGAUCGAUCCGGUCAUCUCCCCCCGUUUGCAAGCACCUCCUUGCGAGUUGGCUGGCUGUUCGCUGUCCCGAUCUAUUGGGUAAAGGGAAUAACGGCUUUGUCCGUGUCAGCGCAGAGGAGUUGGCCGGCUGGUGUGCGGGUUGGGGCGGAUGAAGCCGUGAUGUAAUUAUGCCACGAGUCGGAGGGGGCUCCAGCGUGGUUACGUCCCGGGAUUUGACUGCCUCACUAUAAGAUCAGGGUGUGAUGUUAACAGCCUACGGUGCAAUUGAAUACCCAGCACGA